CACAAAGGGUGUUUCAUAUUUGUAAGCAGUUUAAGAAAGGUAUAAAAGAUGCCUCUACCCCUAGCCUCUCCAUCCACAUCUCCUGGUUUAGUCUCCUUCGUGAACAGGACUCAGAGCCAACACCAGAAGGAUGUCUCACUACAGUGAGUCCUGCCGACCCUGCGAGGUGACCUGCCCUCAUCCCAUUGCCGAGAGCUACAAUGAGCCCUGUGUGCAGCAAUGUCCCGACUCCAGAGCAGUGAUCUUCCCCCCACCAGCUGUGGUGACACUGCCGGGCCCCAUACUCAGCUCUUUUCCUCAGGAGAGCGUUGUGGGAUCAUCAGGUCCUGCCCUGUUGGGGAGGUCCUUUAGUUCCCAAAGCUCCAGGGGCUAUGGGGGCUCCCUGGGUUUGGGGAGCUAUGGAGGCUCCUUGGGCUAUGGAGGCUCCCGAGGCUAUGGGGGCUCCCUGGGUUUGGGGGGCUAUGGAGGCUCCCUGGGCUUGAGGGGUUCUGGAGGUUCCCGGGGCUAUGGGAGCUCCUUUGGUUUGGGGGGCUACGGUAGCUCCCUGGGCUAUGGGGGCUUCCAUGGCUGUGGGGGCUCCUCUGGGAUGGGGGGCUAUGGGGGCUCCUUUGGCUUGGGAGGCUAUGGAGGCUCACUUGGGCAUGGCCAUUCCCUAGGUUAUGGAGGUGACUUGGGCUAUGGGGGCUCCCUGGGCUAUGGGGGUCAAUACGGGUCCAGUGGCUUUGGCAGCUGUGGGAGGUCCUACAGCUCUGGCUUCUCCUCCUGUGGCACUGGCAUUACCUCCCAGAGGUGGGGCAGGUCCCGCCGUGGGAGCUGCGGGGCUUUCUGAAGUCCACAGGAUGGAGCCCAGAACCAGCAAUAACCCUGCAGCAAGGAUCAUGGCACCAGGAUGUGGAGCAAGAGGCAUGGGGCCCAGCAGCCUGCAUCAGCUGCCCUGGCAUGGGGCUUGAGGGGGCUGUGUGCACCCAGCAGCCCACUGCCCUGUGCCACAGUGUGCUCUCGCUGCAUGACUGAGCCCCGGUAUCCUCUGCAUCCUUCUAUCACUUUGCUGUCCCAUGUGUCCUACAGAGAGCAUUGGUGCCAGAGCAUGAUACCUGCAUCACACUUGUAUUCCCCUUGUAUUGCCUUGAUUCUCUGUGAAUGGCUGAUUUCUCUUUAGCAUUAAAUCUCUGUGGUGUUGCAUAAGAA